CAGUUGGCAAGGAUUAAGUGCUAAUAGUCAAUUAUCUUUUACCCUUCCUUAUUACAUAGUUAUCGCCAUUGUGGCAGCGAUUAUUCAUACCUAUGGAUACAGCCUAAUUUUUCGGGCCCAAGCAACCCCCGGCGGCCUGGAGAUUUUUACUUCUCAUUUUUCUUCCCAAAAAGGCAAAAAAAAAGUCUCGAUUAGCACUUUGAUGAAGAUUUUUGGGCUGGGUAUUAUUUUUUUAGUUACUCUGGUUAAUUUCGCCGUGAUUGAGGACGACUCUAAAAUGAGAAAAAGUCUACUUCAAAAAGAAAUCGAAGAACAGAAGGAAAAAUUUGAGGAAAAUGGGCUAAAAAUCACGGAAAAGGAUAUAAAAGAGGCCAAGCAAUUAGAAAAAAACGAAAAUCCAGACCUGAAAAAAAUUUUCGCUCUCAGAGAAAAAAAUCGCCCUCUUACCUCCCUUCUUAAAAAUAAAACUGGCUUUCAAAAGUUAGAAAAUUACCCCCAAGAAAUCCGAUAUUAUUUAGCCUGUCCCGACGAAAAAAAAGAAAAAUUACAAGCCGAAAGGGACAAAAUUGAGAGAAAAAUAAAUAGUGUGAGCGGUGAAAAGCUAGUCCGGAAAUUACGGAGAAAAAAUGAUUUAGAAAACCGAAUUAAAGAAUUAGACAAAGAAAAAGAAAGAAGCGCACCAAAUCUUCCCCCGAGACCAAAUUAUCCUCUUACGUCUCCAUUCCCUAACCGAAGAAAAUCGCAACAAAGGUUUGAAAUUGUUGAAAAAAUUUUCUCCGGUUUACUACACCGUUUAUCAUCGAAAAGGCCUCCAAGAGGAAGUUAUUCAUUUAAAAUUAACAACAAUCAAAAAAGUUUUAUCGAAUUAUCAGUCCAAAAAUUCAAUUUUCCAACAGAAAAAGGUGAUAAGGAAAUAGAAAAAAUUUCUUUUGAGGAUUCGCUUGGUUCCGGCUCAGCAGGUCUGAAAGAUAAAGACCAACUGGAGGCAAUUUUAAAAACCGGAGAAGCGCAAAAUCUCGAAUUAAGUUUUGAUGAGGAAAAAGUAAAAAUAAUAGUAAUUAAGCCACAGCCAGCAAACACAAUGUUCGCCAUGGGAAGCGGAUCAGAGGAUGAAAACCAGCCACCAAAAAUUAGAACUGAACAAUCAACAUCCGACGACAGCCAAAAUCAAAAGCAACAAGACCAAAAUCAAUCAGACGACCAAAAUAAGAAAAAAAGCGGUGAUACCGACAAACAGGCUCUCAUUGAUAAAUAC